CGGUUUGGCAGCUGCUACAAAUUACAACCUCCUAAACCAUACCCUCCUUCACUACCGCCAAUCACAAAAUCUCUGCAACUCACAUAGAAUUUCUUUGAUCGAGCCCUCGAUCGGAAUCAUCCUCCUAUCUGGUUAUUGUUCUUUGUUUAUUUAAUUAAUCGAAUUAGGAAAUUUGGUGGAAUGGGCUGCACUGUUAGAGAGAAGCACAUCCGAACUAAUCGGAGGACCCGAUCUGUAAAACCCGAAUCCGAUCAUUCUACCACCAUUAACACAAAUGGGAAUUUGGAGAAAUCAGGGAAUGCGAAAAGUGGAAUUAAACCCAAAAAUUAUCAUAUGGCACUCAAUGCGUUGGCCCAGAACCCCAUGUCAGUGCCCAACUCAAAUCCAAAUUCUGUGUUUGAUGAUAAUGGCUGGGGAUACUGCACUGAGGAACAGUUAGAGGAAAUAUUGCUGAAGAAUUUGGAGUUUUUAUAUAAUGAAGCGAUAAAUAAGCUCAUUGCCUUGGGUUAUGAUGAGGAGGUGGCUUUGAAGGCUAUUUUGAGGAAUGGGCAUUGCUAUGGUGGGAUGGAUGUUUUGACUAACAUUUUGCAUAAUUCUUUGGCUUAUUUGAAUAGUGGUGGGAACAGUGGGGGAAGUGGCGAGGAGCCUGAGCCUUCGUUUGCAGACUUGCGGCAGCUGGAGGAGUAUUCACUUGCAGGAAUGGUUUGUUUGUUGCAACAAGUGAAGCCCCAUUUGAGUAAGGGUGAUGCUAUGUGGUGUUUGCUGAUGAGUGAUCUCCAUGUCGGCCGUGCUAGUGUGAUGGAAAUUCCAGUUUUGCCAUCACCCAGUGGCAGUGGCAGUAGCAGUGGGAAUGGGAAUGGGAAUGCCAAUGGGUCUGAGGGUGCCUCGGCAAGCAGCAUUGGGGCCCCAGAGGCAGUUGUUAGUAACGGAGGGCCUGUAGGGGUUGCCCCGGCCUUGUGUAGGUUUCAUAGCGGUUGGGGCUUUGGGAACAGUGGGACGUCCGAGUUCCCAAUGAAUGGUAUGAAUGGGUUUUUGUCAUACGCAUCGGAAAUGGCUUUGCAGAGAGAAAUUGAAUGCCCAAAGAGAUUUAACCUUAGUCCAUCAAUGAAGAGCCUGUUGAAGAGGAAUGUUGCCAUGUUUGCUGCAGGAUUUAGGGCAAACUCGAAGCAGUUUCAUAACCAAUCACAGGCUUGUCCCAGUUCUUUAUCUGGUGGGAAUUCAUCAAGUGGGUCUGGUACAACAUCUGCUGUUCCUGUUGGGCACAGUGAGGAAUCCCAGUAUGCAAAGAAUCAGGAUGUAGUAAACUCAGUGAUGAGUAAGUUUCGGGACUUGAAUCUUGAUGAGAAUACAGAACAAGUAUCGUUGGAUCAGAAAGAUGAAAUGAUCCUAAGUUUGAUCCAUCAGAUAAAAGACUUAGAGAAGCAGGUGAAGGAACGUAAAGAGUGGGCCCACCAGAAGGCAAUGCAAGCUGCAAGAAAGCUCAGCCAUGAUUUAACUGAACUUAAGAUGUUGAGAAUGGAGAGAGAGGAAACACAGCGGCUGAAGAAGGGGAAACAGACCCUUGAAGACACCACCCUGAAGAGGCUCACUGAGAUGGAGAAUGCUUUGAGGAUGGCAAGUGGUCAAGUGGACCGUGCAAAUGCUGCUGUUCGGAAGCUUGAGACUGAGAAUGCAGAGAUUAGAGCAGAGAUGGAGGCAUCUAAAUUAAGUGCAUCUGAAUCAGUCACGACAUGUUUGGAAGUUGCAAAAAGGGAGAAAAAGUGCCUUAAGAAGCUUUUGGCCUGGGAGAAGCAGAAAACUAAAAUGCAGGAAGAUAUUGCAGCAGAGAAACAGAAGAUCUCAGAGUUGCAGCAGGAGUUGGCACAGGUUGAGGCUGCUACAAAGGAAGCUGAGGCAAAGUGGAGGCAGGAGCAGAAGGCCAAAGAACUAGUUCUUGCUCAGCUGGAGGAGGAGAGACGCCUUAAAGAAGCUUCAGAGGCUAAUAACAAAAGGAAGCUUGAGGCGCUCCGCCUAAAGAUAGAGAUAGAUUUCCAGCGCCACAAAGACGAUCUCCUACGCCUUGAGCAAGAAUAUGCACGGCUUAAAGAGUCUGCACAAUCCACGGAGGUGGAAAAUCAAUCUAAUGAUGUAUGGACAGAAAACUCCAACGGCAUAAACCCCCAAGGAGAAACCAUCGCAAGACUGCUCCAUGAACUCGAUCAGCUGGAAGAUUCUCAAGGGAAGGAGGUCAGCUGCGAUAGGGAAUGCAUGAUUUGCAUGAAAGACGAGGUAUCCGUCGUUUUUCUUCCUUGUGCUCAUCAAGUUAUCUGUGCAAACUGUAAUGACAAUUAUGGAAAGAAAGGUAAAGCUACAUGUCCAUACUGCCGGGUUCCAAUUGAACAAAGAAUUCGAGUUUAUGGUGCGAGCUCUUAAUCAUACAGCCAGAUGUAAGGAUGGCGUCCCCAGAAAACCUCAUUACCUGGAAGACUUCUGCGUGUCUUUGAUUUCAUGGGCUUAUAACUGGUUUGCUUGUCUUAAAUGCGCUGCCGUGCAUCAGCGUAGGUUAGUAUAUAUAAAUAAAUAGCGAACCUGUUUGCGGCUUGCGCAUAUGCUACAUAAUACUCCCAUACUUGUGUAAGAUGCUUCAUGUUUGUGGGACUAAAGCUAUUAUGAGCUUUGUGAUAAGCAGCUACUAUAUGUUUUCCGGCUUCAUAUUUUCAUUACUUCAAGUAUUGAUGCAUAUUCAAUGCACGACCUUACCGUCCUGGAAUUAGACUGUCA